CAAAAAAAAUUGGGUGAUAAUGUAGGUUGGGUUUGUUGGUUGCUCCUGUUCCCAGAUCCCAGCCCCGGGCCAGCACUUGUAGUUGCAAUUCGAAGUAAAUUUUCAUGUUUAUAAAAACAUAGACUUACAAAAGCAUUAUACAGUAAUACUAACAAAAUUUUCUAUCAGCUCAGAGAUAUCUGAAAGAUUUGUAUUGCAUAUAAUAUUGGAUUUGAAUUCACAUAACUUGAAUUUUAAGAAAAUAAUAAUUUUUCAGAGUAACCUAAAACAUGGCAGAAGAGGGUGAAAUGAUUCCAGCAAUAACUGUCAAGGAACCUUUGGAUUUGAUCAGGCUGAGUCUUGAUGAAAGAAUCUUUGUGAAAAUGAGAAACGAUAGGGAACUAAGAGGAAGGCUUCAUGCCUAUGAUCAGCAUUUGAACAUGGUACUGGGCGACGCCGAAGAAACAGUUACUUCGGUUGAAAUAGAUGAAGAAACCUAUGAAGAAGUUUACAAAUCGACUAAGAGAAAUAUUCCCAUGUUGUUUGUGCGCGGAGACGGUGUGAUCCUAGUUUCUCCUCCUGUUCGAGCAGCACCAUAAAUAGUAAUGCUACUCUGAAUGAAUGAAUGAAUGAAUAAAUUUACUUUGAAAAAAACACAAAAAGGCUUUUCAUAAAUAGAUAUAAGUAUAUGCUACUGCACUUAAACUAAGACAUACAUAACUAAACUAAGACUAUACAUACAUAACAAUUAAGGAAAUGUUAAUUUAUUUAAUUAGAAAUAAUAACGAAAUUAUAUUCUUAUUCAUGAUAUUAUAAAUAAUAGUUUUUAAAUGAAGAUUUAAUUUAUGCUCACAUGCAUGA